AUGGGAGACCACGUCGUCUUUUUCUACGGAACCUUAAUGGCCCCCCAAAUCCUCCACCGCGUAAUCCACGGCCGUCCAGACCCAGAACCCUGGCAAAAGAACCUCCUCACCUUCCAACCAUCCAUCCUCCACGGCUACCGCCGUCACCGCGUGCGCGGGACCGAUUACCCCGGUAUCAUCCCCGCAACAGAAUCGCAAUCGCAGGAACAAGAACAAGAAGAAGGACAAGAGUUAACAGAGUCGACGCGCAAAGCAUCUGUCCUCGGAACGCUGGUCUCGGGCCUAACGGACGGCGACAUCCACCGCCUUGAUAUCUUCGAGGGGUCUGAGUACACGCGCGAGCCGGUUAAGGUGCGGACGUUGCGGGAAUCGCUGAGCCAGGAGCAGGGGGAUGAGGAGACAAAUCCGGAUGGGCAUUUGAGGGAUGUGUUCGAUGCGGCGGGGGCGGAGUUUGCGGAUGAGGGGGAGGAGGAUGUUGGGGCGGUGACUUAUGUGUAUGCUGCUGGGGAGGGGAGGUUGGAGGAUGCGGAGUGGGAUUUUGAGACGUUUAAGAGGGAUAAAAUGGCGUGGUGGGUUGGGGCUGAUGAGAGUGAGUGGUGAUGGUGGUUGGGGUUCAGUUUGGGGUUUCAUGGGUUGUCUAUAUUGCAUUUGGGAUUGGGGUGAUAUACAUAAAAUAAAUGAUUGCAUCUGGGUACUAGAAUAUAAAAUAAAAACACGAGUCAACUGAAAGUAAAAUGCAAUUGGUAUCUUAUGCUCAACCCUCUCUUGA